AUGAUGAUCAUCAAUGACAAACGACAUGAAACAAUAGAGAAGGGGCAAAUUUACAAGGACAAAGAAACAUUGAUAAGUACACUAUGCUACUUUGCAAUCAAGAAGACAUUUCAAUACAAAGUAGUGAAAUCUUGCACAAAAGAAUACAACAUAGUGUGUUUGGACACAAACUGCAAAUGGAGUUUAAAGGCUACAAAAAAUGGAAACACAGAAACAUUCAUAAUAAGGAGCUACGAAGAAGAACACACAUGUGCGAUUACAAUAAGAUUUGGAGAUCAACGACAAGCUACAUCAAAGUUGAUAGCAGACUUUGUAAAACCAAAAUUCUUGAACACGAAAACAAAGUGCAGCCCCUGCGUACAUAAAGACGAAAUGAAAGACAAAUACGGAAUAAAGAUGAAUUACAUGAAAGCAUUGCGUAGUAAAGAGCGAGCACAAACCCGGCUACAUGGAAAUGCUAAAGAGUCGUACAAUCUCUUGCCAAGAUACUACAUAGAGAAAGAUGAUGAUGACAGUUUCAAAUAUGCAUUUGUUGCAUUGAAUGCUGCUAUAAAAGGUUGGCCAAACUGCAAACCAAUCAUCGUGGUAGACGGUACAUUCCUAAAGGCCGCGUAUGGAGGCACGUUGCUCACUGCCAACACACAAGAUGCAGAAUCUAAAAUUUUUCCACUAGCAUACUGGAUAGUUGAUUCUGAGAACGAUAAAUCGUGGGAGUGGUUCUUAAAAAAAAUAAGAGAAGCAUUCGGGGUUCGAGAAUGUCAAUGCCUAAUAUCAGACAGACAUGAAAGCAUCAUCAAAGCAACUAGGAAAGUGUUCCCUGAAAUAACACAUGGCUACUGCAUCUUCCACCUCUUGUCGAACCUCAAAACAAAAUUCAAGAAAAAUGCAAAGCAUUUCAGAGUGCCAUUCUUUGCAGCUGCAAAAGCUUACACAGAAAUGGAGUUUGAAUUCCAUAUGAGGGAGCUAGACAACUUGGAUAAGCGCAUAAGACCGUACCUGGAGAAAAUUGGCCAUGAAAAAUGGUCAAGGUACUCUACCAUGACAUCAAACAUAGCUGAGGCACUGAACUCAGCAAAUUUAGCAGCAAGGGAAACACCAGUGACAACAUUAAUGGAGUGCUUGAGGGCACAAAUGCAAGAAUGGACAUACAAUAAUAGAAAGGAGGCACAAAAAUGCACAACAAGGCUGACACCAUCAUCUGAGAAAAAACUCAUAGGGAACUAUGUACAGUCAUUGCGACUAACAGUGAAACCACAAACCGAACUGUUUGAGGUGAUAGAUGAAGACGAACAAGAAUAG